CUUCUGAUUAAAAAUGGAAUGUUUGUCCUAAGUGGAAGCCAAAAUCAGAAAAUUCAAAAAAUAUCUCGAAUACUUGAAGAUGAAGAACAGUUGAUAUUCCACGCGAAUAUCCACAGUGAUAAUUGCAGCAGUCAAGAUCAGCUAUCAGAGUUUAAUAAAGAAAAUGAAGCACUACCAUGUUUUAAUCCUUCGAACAGGAGUACGAUCAGAAUGAAUCACUCGCAGGAAUACAAUAAAAAAAGAAAAGAAUAUCGAUUAUUGAAGCAAUUUAGCAAUAUCGUUUUUUUUUUACAAAUACAAAACAUAUAUGUGGAAUAUUGGUCCCAUGAAAAAAUUUAAAAAAUUGAUGUGGGCGCUAAUUUCAAAAUAUAUGAUGACGAUGUUGAACAUAUUGGUAUCAAAAACUCCUUUUCAAGUUGAAAAUCGGUAUAAAACUAUCCCUCCCCCCCAAAAAAACAGUUGAGAACAACUCUAAAUCAGGCAGCUCUAGACAGACUAUACCAUUCAAAGAAUUAAAUAAAAUUGCUCAUUGGGAUGAUAUUGAGCCCGAGGAGUUGCGAAGUGGGAGGAGCGUUAAAUAUCCUAAACUGAAUACAAGAAUGUUGGAAGAAAUCCGUAAUGAUAGUGCUUACUCAUUCUACUGAAAGCUCAUUGCCAAAGACAAAAAAAGUCGAAAUCAAGUUCUGUUGAUAAAAGAAUGGAAUACUGGGAAAAGAAAGAAGCGGCAAAAGAAAGGCGUCACUAAGAAAAGUUAAUUCUAAUACGGGAAUUGUUCGCCAAACAACAAGAAUAGCGAGAAAUAAAGUAAAAUAAUGCAAAAAUACAAACAGUAUUGGAAGAACCAAAGAAAGAACAAAUGUUA